AUGCCUCCACGCGGACCAAUAGGGAGGUGCGAGACCCGCCCCACCGAUUACAAGGCUGCCACGACGUGGGCGUCGUGGCCACGCGUCGCUCUAGCGGUCGAUGACGAGGACGCGGAGGAGGAGGGGGGGGAGGAGGAGGAGGAGGAGGAGGAGGAGGAGGAGGAGGAGGAGGAGGAGGAGGAGGAGGAGGAGGAGGAGGAGGAAAGCGAUGACGAAAACGACGACCGUCCACCUCGUAGCUCUAAUCCGCGCACCUUGGACGAACGACUCAGGCGGGAACUGCAAUUCAUCGACAUACUGCUCGACCAGGACGAGGACGAGGACCAGGAGAACUUGGCGGUGCCGCGCGAACAGUGGAGAGCGGCAGACUUCGUCGAGGAGGACAUGGUUUACGCGUGCGUAGACGUGCUCGUCAUGGACGCUCUUCGCCACCUGCAAACCGUGGAGAGGAACAGCACGCUGAGGCAGUACACCUCGUGGAUCUAUCACUACAAGAGGUGGGCGGCGAAGAUGUUGAAGCAAAUUCGCAACAAGCUUCCGCAGGAGUACAGGCUUAAGCACGUCGACGAGAUAGGGCACUACAUCCGGGAGAACAAGAAGAAAAACUGGGACCAAGAGGCCGAUGUCCCCCGGUCUCACGUGUGGCUGCACGGCCCUAGGGUCACCAAGGACCGGCUUCGCGCAUACGUGAAGUACAUGAUUCGGGAGUUGAACCUCGAUGCCGAGUCCGGCAAGGGGGCCGACAACGCCACAGGAACACAGCCGGUGCAGUCGACAACGGUACACACGCUCCUCGGGCGCAUAAAGGCAUGCCAGAUGGCGGCGAGAGUGGAGGCGACGCUCUUCCGGGAGACGGAACUGAGCAUCAUGAGGGAGAUAUCGGUGGUCAGGUCGGAGGUGCGGUACAUGAUCCGCACCAAGAACGAGCGGGACAUCAAGAACUGCGCCGAUCGCCGUCGCGGAACCAUCGGCGAUACCUACACCGCCGAACAGUUCCGCCAGAUCAUGUUCAGGGUGCUGCCGGCGUGGGCGGCCAAGGCGUGGAACCCGCGGGGUACGGGUCCUUCGCAGACGCUGUGGAGGUUUCUUCUCUUGAAGGUGCUCACGCUACUCUCCCACCACUCUCUCCUGCGCGGUGCAAGCAUCCGCGAGAUCACUCUCCCCGACAUCUUCUUGUACCGACUGGCGAGCACCUCCUCGAUCAACCCGGAGAACCAGCCGGUCGUCAUGGUCAUCGGAGCGCGGAACUCGAAGACGUCCAAGGAUGCUCGUCUGCAGCAGAGCUACGCCGCGCGGCACCUCGAAGCGGAGUUGUGCGCCGUCGGCGAGACGGGCCUGUGGUUGCACUUCGUCCUCGAUCAGAUCGGUCAGUUUCACGGCGUCCGCCUCAUUCCGCCGGUCGACACCAGCACACGCGCUAGCUGGUACAAGAAACACCUGUUCUUCGCCAAAAACGACACCGACCAGGGUGAGCUCUCUGCGGCAACCCACCAACGCUGGACGCGGCAGUUGUGGGACACCAACAAGGUGUUCUGCAAGAGGAACGUGCACGCCGCUCGAGCGGGCGGGGCCCAGGAGCUGGCUAUCGACGGCACGCCGCGCGCCGAGAUCGCGGAGCUUGGACACUGGGCUCUCGACAAGAUGACGCGAGCGUACAUCACCGCCAUUCCGGUGGGGGUGGUGAUGAAGAAGGCCGGGUACUCGGGGUACAAGCAGGACUACUUCUUGGGUCGGAGCAGGGUGCCGCCCUCCGAGAAGCUCCUGAAGCUCCUCGCCGAGCACAUAUUCCCCGGCGUCGACGACAUGCUGAAGGAGGCGGAAGGGAAGGCUGUCGAGGGGUCAGACGCCGACAAAGCCGCGGUGCACUUCUGGCGCACUCUCCUGAUGCUGCGCCGCAUCGUCGCCGAGGACCUAGCGGUGAAGCUAGUCCGCACACCAUGGCACCCGUACGUCCAAGGUUCCAAGCUCUGCCGGAUCCCCCUCUUCCAGCACUGGGCGAAACGGGUGGAGAGCGUCGACACCGAGACGAUCAACAAGCGUCGGGACCCGACCCAAAUACAGCCAGAGGAAAUCUCGGUGCGCAUGGACACCGAGUACUACAACAUGUCCCUCAUGGCCCAGAUGCAGAAGGAGAAAGAGCGCGCCGCGAACGAGAAGAUUGAUCUCCUAGAGGAGAUCGAGAAGCGCGACGACGCCAUCGCUGGGCUCACCGCCGAGCUAGCCCGUGUCACCGAGGCACUCCGCUUGUCGGAAGCACGGAGAGUGCCGGUGGCCCCGCCGUCGGCUCCCGCGCAGACUCCCAGCGAUGGUGGAUCGGCGGAGUCGGCCAGCACGGGGGCUGGAGCCAAGAAAGGGGAUGACAAACCCCCGCCCCCCCCACAGACGGACGAGGAGGCCAGUUACGAGCUCAACGUGGUGCAACCGUGGCGGGAGGCAAAGACUGUGAGGGACGCUUGGCGCCUAUGGAAUUCCGCCACCGCCAAUGACACCCGUCGCCUUUGCGACAGGGUCGCCGAGAAGGGAUUCGUCGCCCGCCACACCCUCCUCACAGGAAAGGGCGCGACGCAGGGUGGGCUCGACACGAAAGUGCGACGCAUGAUGAGGGCCAUGGAUGCGGUGCGCCAGCUACGCGCGAGCGACGGCGACGCCGACACCGAGGCCGUGGUCGACGCACUGAACAGGAUCGCGGCACCGGGCAUUGGGACCUUCUGUGACGCCCUCACGGUGCUCAACCCGAAAACGGAACCGAUGAAGUCGAAAGAGCCUGGCAUGGGAGUCAAGGGGCUGGGCCCCAAGGUUGUCUCUAAGCUUCGCCUCGCCUGUGGGCUUGUCGCGCUCAAUCUGAAGCCGGCCGAAUGGCUCGAAGCCCUCUUUCCAGACACCUGGGAGGAGCAGAUGCCGAAGACCAAGGCCGACCUGGCGAAGCCGACCGCACCUGCCAAGUCGACAGCACCGGCCAAGCCGACCGCACCCGUGCAGCGUCCUCCGACCAAGCGCAAGAAGACGGCAUGA